CGUGAAGAAAGUUGCUGGUAUUCAGAGUCGGGUUACGCAGCUGCUUCAGUGGAUUUUCUACAGAAAAUAAUCUUCAGAUUAUUAAAAUCACCUGCAUGUCGUUCAUACCUCCGAGCGUUUUUCAGGGGUUUUUCUAAGCGACUUCUCUGCUGCUCACUCGAGCAAAAAUGCGCUUAAGGUCAGAUCAGAAUCGAGCGUAACUGAGACACGCCUCUGUUUUAGACAAACUCCGCCCCACGUGUGUAACUCUCACGUAACUAUUGAAAAGCGCUUAAGUCUGUAGUUACCUCUGAGAUCUGAAUACUGAUGUGUGGAAUUUCAGUAUUAAAUCUUAACUCUCCUCUGAACACAGAGCUCAGUGAGAAGGUGUUUGUUUGAAGACAGUCAGUGAUCAUUCACUCAUAAUUCUGUUCACCAAAAAAGAGGUUCUUGAAAGUUCGUGAUGAACUAAACCAUCACCCUGAUCCUGAAUUUCUCACUUAUGAAUUAAUUAAUCUGCUGUCGCGUAGCUAACUGUCAUUUUUGUGUUUGUAGCAUUCCAGAAAUGUUUUCUGGGGAUUGAAUGUAAAAAAAAAAAAAAAAGAGCAGAUGCAAACGUUCUUGCUGAAUCACUGCAUGAAAUCGAGAUUCAUUUAAAGGAGUGAAAGAUUUACAGUGAGUUUAGACAUUUCUGACACUCGAUUCGACCUUUGGAAUAUAAGAAAUCUGAUAUUGGCGUGAUUGAGAUUGGAGUGAGAGAUUGCCGGAGAACGAGAGAACAAGUGCAGACGCAGAAAUCUCCACAACGCUUCAGUAUGAAAUUUGAGGAUCUUUUAGAAGAGCUUGAUGGCUUUGGAAGAUUCCAGAAGAUGAUCAUGUUCCUCAGUUUUAUUGCUCGAUUCACACUCCCGUGUCACUUCCUGUUAAACAACUACAUCGGUGCUAUUCCUCCCCAUCACUGCGACCUCGGCUCUGUGGACGGGAAUCUAACACGGGAACAGAGACUGACCAUCAGCAUUCCCAAACAGGACGAUGGGACCUUCGCCUCCUGCCACAUGUUCUCAGAACCACAGUUCCAUCUUCUAGACAAUGAGUCGAACUUCACAAAUGUUUCAGUUGUUGAAUGUCAGAAUGGAUGGACGUACGAUAACAGCACCUUCAUCAGCACUUUAGCUACAGAGUGGGAUCUGGUGUGUGAGAACAGAGGGAUGAAUAAAGCGAUGGCCACCAUCUUCUUCAUCGGAGUGAUGUUAGGAGCAGCUUUAUUCGGCAGUUUGAGUGACAGAUACGGACGUAAGACCAUGCUGCUGGUGUCGUACGUGCUGGCGUUGUGUUUUGCGAUCGCGAGCGCGUUCUCCUCCUCCAUCAUCAUGUUUGCUGUGUUGCGGUUCUUCACGGGGAUGAGCAUCACCGGCAUCGUCAUCGUCACCAGCGUGCUCAAUGUGGAGUGGGUGAGUAUAGAGAGCAGGAAGUUGGUGGGUGUGACUGACAGUUUCAGCUGGACGUUCGGUUACAUGGUACUUCCUGUCUUGGCGUACGGAGUGAGAGAUUGGAGAUGGCUGACUCUGACGGUCACUUUACCGCUCACUGUGGCGUUAAUCAGCUGGAGGUGGGUUCCAGAGUCGGCUCGGUGGCUAAUCGCUAACGGUAAAGUGAAGAAAGCUCAGUAUUACUUAAAGAAAUGUGCCGUGAUGAACAAGAGGACGAGAGCCAACUCCAUCCUGAAACCUGAGGUUCUCUCCUCUAUAGUGUCAGAGGGAGGACACAGGACGUACUCGUACCUGGACCUGAUGAGGACGCCCAACAUGAGGAGACUGGCUCUGCUGACUGGAAUUACCUGGUACGGCGUGGCUUCCACUUACUACGGGAUCAGCUUUAACAUCAAAAGCUUCGGUCUGGAUCUGUACCUGAACCAGUUCCUGUACGGUGCUGUGGAGGUUCCUGCUAAAAUCAUCGUCUAUCUGCUGCUCGACUGGAUUGGACGGCGUCGCACCAUGGUGGGCGGGAUCCUGCUGGCCAGCUGCACACUCAUCAUUAAUAUCUUUAUACCAAAAGAUCAGUGGAUCGUGCGCUCGGUGAUCGGAGUGCUGGGGAAAGGUUUCAUCUCCAUUGCCUUCUCAGCACUCGUCCUGUUCAGCUCUGAACUUUACCCCACUGUCAUCAGACAGAAUGGGAUGGGCUAUAACUCCUUCUUGGGGCGAAUGGGCGUGGCUUUAGCUCCUCUGAUCCUCCUAUUGGACGAUGUGUGGACUCACCUGUCGCAGGUGAUUCUGUGUGUCAUUGCGCUGAUCACAGGUGUGGUGGCGAGUCAGUUACCUGAGACGAAGGGCAGGUGUCUCCCUGAGACUAUAGAGGACAUCGAGGGGACGAGGACAGGUCAUGCUGCAGUUCUGCUCCAGGAGAAAGGAGGCCAAGAACAAGAAAAUGGAGGUUAAGAAGACGUUUAUUUCUGAUUUAUUCACUAAAUUCAUCAUCACGUAGCAUUAAAUACACAGCAAAGCGUUUAUUUACUAAUUAAUGAUGGCGAGAAUGAAAAAAAGAUAUUAAUUGAAUCCAUUGUGGGAAUUUUAAUUAUUUAUGACUGUGUGAUUGUGUGUAACAUUCUCAUUUUUAAACCUCAAUAAAAUAAAACUGUAUAUGUGUUUAUGUUUAAAUAAAGAAUAUAAAAUGAGGUUACAGUGA